AUGCGCUCGUGCCACCUGCCACUGGAGACGCUCGUCCUGAGGAGACGCAGAGGCGACCAACGCAGAGUGGAUCUCGGUGCACUCCGGCCUCUCGCCCGCUCCUCCUCGCUUCACCACGAGGACGUGCUGGCGUAUGACCCUGACAAUGGCGAUAACGGGACAGUGGUCUACAGCAUCAGUCCUGAAAACCCCUUCUACACCAUCAACAGGAACAACGGCAAGAUCCGCACCAGUGGAGUCACGCUGGACCGAGAGAGCUCCAACCCCAGAGACGCGGCUCACAUGAGGACUAUCAUCAUCUCAGCGGUCGACCGUGGCACCCCUCCUCUGCAGGCGACCUCCAGCACCACAGUGUUUGUCAAUCUACAGGACCUGAACGACAACGACCCCACAUUCCUUAACCUGCCCUUUGUGGCCGAGGUGCCUGAAGGCCUGCCCAUCGGCUCCUCUGUGUAUAAGGUCCAAGUGGAGGACCCUGACGAAGACAGGAAUGGCCUGAUCACCAUGGCGCUGCAGGUGGGAAUGCCGCAGCUGGAUUUCUUCUUGAACACAAGCACCGGAGUCCUGAGUUCUACGGCGAUUCUGGACCGGGAGCAGAUUGGACAGUACCAACUCCGGAUCAUCGCUUAUGAUGCUGGAAAGUUCCCCCGCACGUCCACCUCCACACUCACUGUGUCCGUCCUGGAUGUGAACGAUGAGACGCCCACCUUCAACCCGCGCCUGUACAAUGUUUCCCUGAAGGAGAGCGUGCCCCGAGACCACGUCGUCACACGCCUGCUGUGCACCGACAACGACACCGGGCUCAACGCCGAACUCAGCUACUUCAUCACAGGUGGUAAUCAGGAUGGAAAAUUCAGCGUUGGCUUCAGAGACGGGAUUGUCCGAACUGUAGUUGGGCUGGACAGAGAGACCCAGGCUUCAUACUCUCUGAUUAUUGAAGCGAUCGACAAUGGUCCGGCUGGCAGCAGGAGGACAGGGACAGCCACAGUAUUCGUGGAGGUGCAGGACGUGAACGACAACAGACCCAUAUUCCUCCAGAACAGCUACGAGACCAGUGUUCUGGAGACAGUGGCCCAAGGAACCAGCAUCCUCCAGACCUAA